AUGCUCAAGAAGAAGUCGCUUUCUCCCUCAUUCUUCUGGAAUUUCACUCCCAGUACAACGCCGGAACUGUCUCCCACCUCGUCCGACAGCGAUUCAGACGAGGACAUGGAAUCCUCUGGCUCCCGACCGGUCAGCCUGGCCGUCUCGGCGGGAGCCUUCUGCCCCAUGCGCCCCACGCUUAACGACGUGUUGGCCAACACCGCUCCACCCCCAUACACCCUGAGCGCUUUCAUGGCCUAUCUCUCUCAGAAUCACUGCCUCGAGACUUUGGAAUUUACUCUCGAGGCUCAGCGCUACCGUGAUACCUACCUCUCCCUCGCCGAGCGCCUUGACCAGUCCACCCUCACCACGGAUACCCCGGAAAGUCAACAUCUGCGCAUGCUCUGGCAGCGUCUAUUGACUGCCUACAUCCUCCCCGGCGCUCCCAGGGAAAUCAAUCUGUCAAGUGAAGUCCGGGAUGGACUGCUCCGCUACCGUGACGUUGCUCUUCCACCUGUGCCGGAAACACUCGACUCGGCUGUGAAACGCAUCCACGAUCUCAUGGAGGAAUCCAUCUUCCUCCCCUUUCUCAACGCACACACCACCUCACCCUCCAUGCCGCCAAUCCCCGAGGACACAAUGAAUCUCCCCAGCCAUAGCCUGGACGAGAACCCCAUGAAUCGAGAUCUCCCUGCAACUGGCGGCCGUUCGAAUCUGUCUCUCGGUGCAGUUCACGCCCUCGGCAAGCGGGCUUCUGGCGCUCUCCUUAGUACGAGUGGUGAAUCAGUCUCGCUUGCUCUGACAGACGACUCAAGUCCGCAGUCAAGUCCCACUGCUGAGGAACCGAUGACACCACCGACCACACCGCCCGCCAGCGAGCCUCAUCUCCCAAUGAACAGCCCCAGGCUACGCACCGAGAAUCCCUGGAAGAAGAUGGGUAUGAAGCUGGGCUUCAAAAAGCGGUCCGGCGGUGCCAGUGGCUCUCGCGGUGAUCCUAAAAUCCUCGGUCUCGACGACUGA